GGCUGGGUUUUCAGUUCAGUUCAGGAAUAAGUUAACAUCCAAAUGGAAGUUGUCGCGGAGAAGAACACCAGAGUGCAGUCACUUGCACAAGAAGAUAAACCGGAAGUGCCUCGUGAGUACAUACAGAAGACUGGAAACCGACCUGAGUUGCUAUUGUCUAGUUCAAAUGAAAACAAGUCAGUCCCGUCUGUGGAUCUUUCUGGAAACAACUUCAGGGAGGAGCUGAGUCAAGCAUGCAGGGAAUGGGGCGUCUUUCAUGUGAUAAACCAUGGUGUUCCUGAUCUCAAAUUGUUGAAUGACAUGAGAAGGAUUGGACGUGCUUUCUUUGAAGAUCUUCCAAUGACAGAAAAGCUUAAAUAUGGUUGCAAAGCAAAUGCUCCUGCUUCGGAAGGGUAUGGAAGCCGAAUGUUGGUUGCGUCAGAUGAUGCUGUAUUGGACUGGAGAGACUAUUUUGAUCAUCAUACCUAUCCUCUUUCACGUCGAGACCCUUCUAGAUGGCCCAAUAUUCCCUCAAAUUACAGGGAGAUUGUAUCUGAGUACAGUGACAAUAUGAAGACACUUGCUCAUAGGCUCAUGAGCUUAAUCUCGGAGAGUCUGGGAUUACAAUCUUCGUGCAUUGAGGAAGUUGUGGGAGAAGUGUACCAGAAUAUAACAAUCAGUUAUUACCCACGUUGUCCUCAGCCCGAUCUCACCCUAGGGCUGCAAACUCACUCGGACAUGGGAGUUGUGACUCUUCUUAUACAAGAUGAUGUUGGAGGUCUCCAAGUUCUCAAGGAUGGUCAAUGGAUAAACGUGCAAACUCUGCCCGAUGCAAUAGUUGUCUUACUGGGGGACCAAACCGAGAUCAUUAGUAAUGGAAAAUAUAGAAGUGUGGAACAUAGGGCUGUAACAAAUAACAACAGGGCGCGACUCUCAAUAGCCGCGUUUCAUGACCCUGCAAAAGAUGCCAUCAUUCGACCAGCUUGUGAAUUGAUUAGCGAUUCUUUACCGGCAAGAUAUUACCAAGUUUGUUAUGGUGAUUAUGUUGCAGCAUGGUAUACAAAAGGUCCUGAAGGGAAAAGGAAUAUUGAUGCUCUUCUACUAUAACAGCAAAAAGAGCGAUGUUUGAUUGUUAUUUUGCAUCAAACUGAGAUUGAGCGAAAGGAAGCUGUUGAACAACCAGUUUAUGAUGAAUGACGAGACUGGGAAGGAAAGGAAAUAAAGAUUCAGCAAUAAUUAUGAUGGGUUUGGUUUGGUUGUCUGAUAAAUAAUGUCCAAUGUAAAUGAGUUGUUUGUGAAGAUUUUUAGUAGGUUUCUUUUACUAUUUCAGUACAUAAGUUUGUGUUGUGUUAUGUUGAUGCUGAGGCCUAAAACCAAACAUGUUGUCUGUCCUCUUUGUCUGUCUGAAAAACAGUGAUUAUAACCUAAGUUAAACCUUUGUGUGA